AUGUCGCUGCUGUGCGUGACAAUCAAGAAGGCUCGGCUACUCGGCUCCAGUGACGAAUUCCACUCGUACGUCACCGUCAAACUCCAGAAUGUGAAGUCGACGACGAUGGCCGUCAGAGGGGGGCAGCCACAAUGGGAACAGGAGUUUAUAUUCGAGACAAACCGGCCUGACGAGAGUAUGAACAUCGAGCUGUGGUCGAAGGGAGUACUGUGGGAUAAAUUGUUAGGGGUUGCACUGCUUCCGCUUCAUCAAGUGCAUUUCUCCGCACAACCUGGAGCAGGACAGUGGCUACAGAUUGAUGCCGAAGUUGAGACUCGUGGUGGCGUAGCGAUAGGAACUCGCUCUCCCACCGGCCAUUCCCUACUCGUUGAUGCUCGUUUUGAGUUGCCGUUCGAUGCUGCACCAGGAGAAGCUGAACUGCUCCAGUCCCGUCUCGACCAAUUGAACAGGUUGCAACUGGAGGUCGACGCCACGCUGCCGCCACGCGCACCCCUCAAUCAUUCGGGCUACUCUGAAGACAGCGACUACACGUCGGACGUCUCAUUCCCCAUCCAUCCAAACGCCGCCCAUCCCAAUUCAUCGGUCCAUCAGUGGGAUUCGCAUCUCCACCCCCACCGUCAACCCCAUCAUCGACAGACUGCCCAGCACGAUCACGUCGUAUGCCUCGUACGAGGUGACGAGGACGCGUACAAUGAGACGCGGCUCGACGCUGUCUAUGACACGGUGACUGGGGACGAUUACCUGGGCCACCCGUACGACUACGGAACCGAGGAAGAGGAACAUCACCAACAUCCCGGAUACGCGGUGGACGACGGUGUGGACGGACAACACCCCGAACCUAAUUACGCCCCGCACACCGCGGGGCGAAACAACCAUCGGACGAAUCGGGACGCCGAGGGCCGGUACGACUCGUACCGCAGCGAGGACGAGUCGACGUACAAGGGCGAGGGCGCGAGAAGGGGAUACGAUGAGCAUUACGACUCGUCAACCUCAUACGCCCAUCACGACGAUCACGACGAGGACCCCUAUGGACACACUUCAGAAGUGGAAUAUCACCGUGAAUACCCCAGAAACCCUCGAGAAGCAUACCUCGAAAGCCCCACUACCCACACACCACAGAGCGACUACUCGCGCAGUGUAAGCGCCUCGGGUCGCCCUCCCUCCCACCUACAGUACGACUACGGGGCCUAUAACGGGUAUACGAGUACGGGGCAUACUGUUGACGACCAUCUGCCACAUCAACAAAACGGAUAUCGGGAAGAGGAGGAGGAGAGAUACAUCAGCGACGGCGGCAAGGGCUACACAGCCGAUUACGACACGUAUAACGAGGGCGCCUCGGAGACGAUGCAUAAUGAUGAGGGCAGAGGAAGCGCGACGUGGGCCGACUCGGAGCCGUUGUCAUACAAUAGCCGGCCGCCUAGAGCCAGUACAAGCCGAACAUACAACAAUCGGUAUGAUGAGGAUGAGUAUAUGAAUGAGGAGGAAGAGGAUAGAUUGAGGGCUGAGGAAGAGGCCGAGGAAAGAUGGCGAUUGCAAAGAGAAGAAGAUGAACGUCGACGUCGAGAGGAAGAGGAGCGGCAGCGAAUGCUCGAUGACCAGCCCACUUUUUCGGAAGACCGUGACUACACAGUUCAAGCCGUCGUCGACCACCCCCCGCCUCUCAUCCCAAAUCAUGCAAAUCAACAGCAAAACUCUGGUGGUGAACGCAGGAAUAGCAAUGAGCCGUACAACUGGAGGAAUGAGGAGAGGAGAUCGUCUACCGCGGCCGAGUCGGUUCGCUCGGGAUCAGCAGCCCAGGAACGAGCCAUGGUGACGAUCGUGGAGGAGCCGGCCCUGAAGGAGAAGAGGGAAAAGAAGGAGCUGCACGAUCUGUGGCACUGGGCAUAUCGACAAGUCUGCACGAAUCUUGGAUAUAAGACAUCAAUCCUGGACACGGAGACCGGGGCGGCGGCCAAUGCCUUCUACCGUAGCAUCGAUGCGAUGCCGAAUAUGAAUGUAGCCCGAAUGAAGACGACCGUACCCCUCGUCUCCGAGCUGACGAUGCAAACGAAGAGGGCACAGGCCGGGUUGGCGAGUGCGGCAAGGACGACGUUUGGCAAUGAUGAAUUGAAAGCGCUCGUCUACCGUCUCCGAUGUACGGAAUGUGGGGUGAAAGUGCACGAGAAAUGUCGAGAGCUAUUGUCGGCCGAUUGUCUGCAGCGAGCCGCCGAAAAAUCCUCAAAACACGGUGAAGGGGACCGGACGCAGAGUCUGAUAGCCGGUAUCAAGGACCGCAUGAAAAUCCAGGAGCGAAAUCGACCCGAACUUUUCGAGACCAUCAGAAUCGUAUUCGGCGUCGACGAGCGCACCAACCAGGAAACGAUGAAGCAAGUGAAAGCCGCCGUUCUCGAGGGGAGCAGCAAGUGGAGCGCCAAGAUCACUUUAACAGUAAUCUGCGCCCAGGGGCUGAUCGCCAAGGACAAGACCGGCAAGAGUGACCCGUAUGUGACGGCACAGGUCGGAAAAGUACGCCGAAGAACCCGAACGAUCCACCAAGAACUCAACCCCGUUUGGAGCGAGAAAUUUUUCUUUGAAUGCCACAACUCGACGGAUCGCAUCAAAAUCCGCGUUUGGGAUGAGGACAAUGAUUUGAAGAGCAAGUUGAGACAGAAAUUGACACGGGAAAGCGACGACUUUCUGGGGCAAACGGUCAUCGAGGUGCGAACACUAUCCGGAGAGAUGGACGUCUGGUACAAUUUGGAAAAGCGCACGGACAAAUCGGCCGUUUCCGGCGCGAUCCGGUUGCACAUCUCGGUGGAGAUCAAGGGAGAGGAGAAAUUGGCGCCCUAUCACGUCCAAUACACCUGUCUUCACGAACAUUUGUUUUCGAACCACUGCACCGACAACGACGAGGUCCGAUUGCCCGAUGCAAAAGGGGAAGACGCCUGGAAGAUCUUCUUCGACGAGACGAGCCAGGAGAUCAUCGACGAGUUCGCGAUGCGAUACGGCAUUGAGGGAAUUUAUCAGGCGAUGACCCACUUUGCGUGUCUGUGCACAAAAUACAUGUGUGGAUCAGUGCCGGCCGUACUUUCGACGUUGCUCGCCAACAUUAAUGCCUUUUACGCGCACACGACGGCCCAAUCGGCCGUGUCGGCAUCGGAUCGGUUCUCGGCGACGAAUUUUGGGAAGGAGCGUUUCGUUCGACUUCUCGACCAGCUGCACAACUCGCUGCGCAUCGAUUUGUCAAUGUAUAGGAGUAAUUUCCCCGCCUCAUCCUCGCAGAAGCUCCAGGAUCUGCGGAGCACCGUCGACCUGCUCACCUCGAUCACCUUCUUUCGCAUGAAAGUGCUCGAGCUGUCCUCACCACCGCGAGCCUCGAACGUAGUGAAGGAAUGCGCGAAGGCGUGUAUGCAGGCCACAUAUCAAAUGUUAUUCGAGAGAUGCUGCGAGACCGGAUGUCCGUCUGUCGACUCUGUCCAAUUUUGGUACAAUUUCAUCGAUGAGUUGAUGCGGACCAUCGAGGAGGACCAGCAGGAUUACACGCCCGCCCUCAACCAAUUCCCGCAGGAACUAAACGUGGGCCAAUUAUCAGCGGCGACCCUGUGGUACUCCUACAAAAUGGACCUCCAAAUAGCGCUUGAAGAACAUGCCGAAAAGAAACGAUGCCAGACACCCGACUAUAUGAAUCUCUACUUCAAAGUCAAAGGAUUCUACUUCAAAUACAUCGCCGAGCUGCCGCAGUACAAACAGUCCAUUCCCGAGUUCCCGGCGUGGUUCAUCCCAUUCGUGAUGGAUUGGCUGAACGAAAACGACGAGCACUCGAUGGAGAUCCUGAGAAAUGCCUAUAAUCGCGACAAAGCCGACCACUUCCCACAAACCUCCGACCAUACAAAGUUCUCCAACUCGGUCGUCGACGUCUUCACCCAGCUGAACGAAGCAUUGAAGCUGUUGAAGCAGAUGGACUGCCCUAAUCCGGAAGUAUACGCGGAGAUGAUGCGACGAUUCUCGAAGACGCUCAAUAAGGUGCUGCUCGCCUACGCGGACAUGGUCCAAAAAGAUUUCGCCGUGUUCGCCAAGGAGGAGACGAUGGCGUGCAUUUUGAUGAACAACGUCCAGCAAUUACGAGUACAACUCGAGAAGAUCUACGAGAAUAUGGGCGGCGCCGAGCUGGACCAGGAGGCAAGCCAGGUGCUGACCAACCUGCAGAAGAAGCUGAAUUCGGUGCUCGACAAGCUCAGUCGAAUGUUCGCCAUCAGCUUGGAGCGCGGUAUAGACGGGCAGAUGAACGAGCUCGGCACCCGUCUCGCCAAGGUCAAGGGCCCGCAGCUGCAGAAGACGCAAGUUCAACAGGAAGUGGACAUGGUGUUGGCGCCGUUGAUGGACAUGCUGGAAGGAUCGCUACAACGAUAUGCUCAAGGCUGCGAAAAGACGGUCCUAAAAUAUCUACUAAAGGAACUGUGGCGAAUGACAAUCCAGGGUAUGGAACGAAUCGUCGUGUUGCCACCUUUGGCUGAUAAGAACGCGAUUCUGCGCCAACUACCCAACGCCAAAAUCGGCGGCGCAAUGAAGCUGGCAUCUACGCUGAAAGACGUGAAGAGUAUGAAUUCGGUGAAGGAAAUGAUGGACCUUGCCCGAGAUUCGGAACGUGCCCUGACCCCAAAGCAGUGUACGGUCCUGGACGCGGCCCUCGACGUCAUCAAGGAGUCGUUCCACGCCGGAGGGAUGGGACUGAAGAAGGGAUUCUUCGAGAAAAGCCCCGAGUUGCAAUCCCUGAAAUAUGCUCUCUCGCUGUACACCCAGACCACCGAGCAGCUCAUCAAGACGUUCAUCAGGACGCAGACAUCGCAGGAUCUGCCCUCGCAAGAGCAACCGGUCGGCGAGAUAUCCGUCACGGUCGACCUGUUCAGCCAUCCAGCCACCGGCGAGCAGAAGUUGACGAUAAAAAUCUAUGCUGCCAACGAUUUGCGCUGGCAGACGACGUCCGUCUUCAAGCCGUUCGUCGAGGUGCACCUCGUGGGACCGCAUUUGGCCGAUAAAAAGCGGCGCGUCGCCACGAAGUCACGCCAAGGCGAAUGGGCGCCAAAGUUCAACGAGACGUUCCAUAUGUUCCUGGGCAACGAGGGCGAACCGGAGCACUACGAGCUGAUGUUCCAGGUGAAAGACUACUGCCUGAUGCGCGAGGAUCGAAUCGUGGGCGUUGGUGUGCUGCAGCUGGCGCAAGUUGUUGAAGCCGGCGGAUCGUUGAACCAAUGGGUCCAGCUGGGCGCCCGGCUUCAUAUUGAUGACACGGGACUCAUCCUACUGCGCAUCCUGUCCCAAAGGCAGAAUGAUGAGGUGGCUAAGGAAUUCGUGAAGCUGAAGUCAGAAUGCCGCUAUGAGACCGAGGGCACAAUGCAAGCAUCCGCUUCAUCCCACACCAUCAAUCGG